AUGCGAGCUCCAAAUUCUGAUCAAAUACCAUUGAAAAAAGGCACUUGGAGUCCUGAAGAAGAUCACAAGUUGAUAGCUUAUAUUAACAGAUAUGGCAUUUGGAACUGGACUCAGAUGCCAAAAGCUGCAGGUUUGUCGAGAUCGGGAAAGAGUUGCAGGCUUCGUUGGAUAAAUUACUUGAGGUCGAAUAUACGGCAUGGAAACUUCACUAAGCAAGAAGAGGAAACCAUAAUCAAUCUGCAUGAAAUGCUGGGAAAUGGAUGGUCAGCAAUUGCAGCAAGACUGCCUGGAAGAACAGACAAUGAAAUAAAGAAUUAG